AUGAACAGUAAUCAGCCUUUGCUCGCCGAAUUUGAAAAUUUGCUCACUGAUCUUCUACAUGACUGCAAUGUUCCUUUGGAAGAAUUGGAUAUUAAUCAAAUUACUGUUGAUUUAUACAAUCAAAAGGUAUCAGCAUUGGACAAUAUUAAACACGUGUUGUUAACCGAUAAAUAUGCUUCUUUUCACGAGACAUUCAUUAAUCAUCCUCAAAUGAAAGACAUUUGGAAGGCAAAACAAACUUACGCAGAACAGGGACUAGAAGAUGAUCUUUUUCAUCAAUUCAGAACUGAAUUGCACUUAUUGUGGAAACAAUACAAUUUUCCUGAUGACUUGGAUUUUACUAGUACAGCUCAACGCUUGUUCAAUAAAGAUACGGAAGUCGUCGAAUUCGAAACCAUUAAGGACAACUUAUUACCAAAUAACUUUAUAGGUUUCAAAAAUGAUUUUAUGAAUAAUGAAAAGUUUAAACGAAUUCGACAGGCGAAACAACAAGAGACUUCUAAUAGUUCUUACGCCAAAUUUCGAAGUGAAAUAAUCACAUUGUUUGAUUCCGAAGGUGUUACUACAGAGGACGUUGACCAUGAAUCGCUCGCAACAUCGGUAUUCGAUAAUCCAGAUAACGUAGCUGAUAUUCUUGAUGGUCAUCUAAAAAGUACAAUUGCUCCGAAAAAGAUUAGGAGUCUCAUCAACAAGAUUCAAUCAAAUGAAAAACUGAAGAAGCUUUGGAAUUCAAAACCAACCUUAAGUCCAAAGGAAAAUUUUAGCAGUACCGUUAAAAGUAUAUUGAAAAAACACAAAUUUACAAUCGGUAAUAUUGACGCGAUAGUCUCUGAGCUUUGCUCCAAUUAUGACCGUGGACUUCAUUUGAUCGAAGAUGAAUGUACACCAGAAGAUUUUGAUAAAAUCAAAUCAGAUCUAAUGAAGUGCAAAGAGAUUCAAAGUAGAAUGAGUAAUUCAACAAUUACCAAAUGUCCAUCAUCUGGAGAAAAGACAAGCAAAGAAUUAUUAGAAAUCGAAUUGGAUAAAAUUUGGAAAGAUAACGCGUUCAACAACUUGGAAAAUUCAAUACGUGAUCAGUUUGUUGCAGGCCUCAUUGAAAAUGGAAUCGAUCCAGCCAUGCAAAUAAUUAUGUCCAAAAUGGUCAAAAAACAUCAGUCACCCUUAAAAGAUGCGAUUAACAAUAAUGAAAAGAUUCGAAAUAUUAUUAUGAAACCAAAAGUAGAGGACGAGAAAUUUAGUAGUAUCAAACCUCUUCAAAAGAUAAUGUUUGGUAGUAAUGAUAAUUAUUCUGAAGAUUUAUUUUCAAAAAUAGUACAGCUAGAUUCUGAAAAUUUUCAAGAUAUUGUUAAACAAGAGAUAAAUAAUAGCAAUGGUAAAUCACUGAUCGACGUAAUGAUGCCAUUUAUAAUAAAUAAGUUAAAGAAAGGAAUCGAUUUAUCUGGACUUUGUACAUCAGAAAUAUUCUGGGAUGAUAGAUUACCAGUUUAUGGAACGGAUUAUAAAACUAUAUUAGUAUGCAUGAUUGAACGCUAUAAAAAUCAUCAAAUCUACUUUGUUUCUUUGUUGAAGAAACUUGGCAUUGCUUUACCAUUUGCAUACCAAUGGAUAAUUGAUGGUGCUUUAAAGUUUAAAAUACCACUUCGAGCCUAUUCACAUUGCUUAUCAGUUGAUUGUCCAAUCAUUAUCUCUUUAGGAUCGAAUUCCAUCGGUAAAAGUGCACUUCUAAACAAGAUUUUUAAUACGCAGUUCAUUACUAAUAAAGUUGCCAAAAUAAAUGGAGGUAUCGACGUGAUUUUUUCUACACCAGAGUUUUCCUCUGGUUUCACCAUAUUUGAUGUUCAUGAUCAUGCUCAUCAACAGCAAAACCUUCUAAAAGUAUUUUGUUCUAUGCUACCUAUUAAAAAUUGUUGGAUACUUCUUCAAAGUGCAUCAUUUAACGAAACUAAUACUAUGUUUAAAAUGUUACAAUCAUUUAAUUUUAUUGAUUAUCAAAUCAUCUGUAUUAUGAGAGAUUAUAGACGGUUGACCAAUGAACAAGAAGAACAACUCCGGCAAUAUGGAAUUCGACAUUUUUUAUCCAUAUGUAAAAUUGAACAUGAUAAUCCAGAAAUCAAUUCGAAUUUAGUAACUUUGAGAGAAAAGCUUUUUAAAUUAACUGGAAUCGGAGAAAAAUCUGCCAAACUACCAAACAAUGCUACAGUACGAGAAGAAGAUUAUAAUGUUUAUUUAGAAAUUGAAAGUAAAGCAUCACAACAAAAAUAUGAUGAUAUUUAUAUUGCUAUUCAAGACAAAGAAACAAGAGAUUCUUCUAUUUAUAUUGAUCAGCUGUUGCGAAAUAUUGAUAAGGAUAAGGACAAUUUACAAUCAUUCCUAUUUAAACAUAUUCAAGCAAAUAACACGAUACAAGGUCAACGAAGAAGUAAAGCCGCACUCAUUGGUAAAGAUACUGAACAAAAAGCCAUUCAAUUAAGCAAGAUAGAUGGGAAAAUAAUUGAAUAUUCAAGAGCAAAAGCUUCUACUAUGCCGAGUGACUUAGUUUUGGAAUACAAUAAACUAUUCAUAAAAAAAAAGUUCAAUUUGAUUAUUGAAAUGGAUCGGCGAGUAUGCGCUUGGCAAAGUCCUAUUUUAUCACCAUUGUUCAAAAAACGAAAUGAAAUUCUAAAUAAAUUAAAGUCUUGUCAAGCAACUAUUCAGGAAUUGAAAACCAAGGAUAACCAAUCAGCUAAACUGAAAGAGUCGGAACGUGAAAUGAACGAAUUAGAAAAGCGAAAAAAAGACAAUUCGAAUUCUAUUGAUCAGCAAACCAUAAAUAAGGAUAUUUUUAUGCGAGAAUUGCUCUCAAUGUAUGGCGAUGACGAUUUUCUUGCAAAUCAAUCUGCUGGAAAUGAAUUAUUAAAUAAAGAUCUAUAUAUAUCUUCAUUUGUUGAGUACAUAAGCAAUGGCAAUGAAAUAGAAGUGAUUGAUGGCGAUAACAAUGAAUUUAACGCGAAAAUUGUUGCCGACAUAUUCCGAGGGCUAGAAGUGAAAUUAAAUGAGUCCGAAGAACCAUAUGUUGUUUCCGUUAUUGGACCACAAAGUACAGGAAAAUCGACUCUUUUAAACAUGUUGUUUGGCAGUAAUUUUCAAAUGAGUGCUGGUCGUUGUACAAAAGGUUUGUAUGCGUCUAUGUUUAAAACUGACUAUCCAAAUGCAAAGACAUUAAUGGUGCUUGACACUGAAGGACUUAUGUCUAUUGAAAAAGCCAAUGAAGAAUAUGACAAAAAACUAACCAUAUUUUCCAUGGCAUGUUCACAAGUUAUGCUUAUUAAUUUAAAUGGGGAAAUUAAUGCGGCCAUGAAAAAGAUUUUGACGAUUAGUCUUUUUGCUGCUAAUCAGCUGAAAAUUUUCAAAACUCGUCCUAUUAUCAUAUUUAUAUUGAGAAAUAUGAUGGAUUUAAAUGUCGAUAAGCAAAAGGAAAUGGUUGAUAACGUUAAGAAAGAACUAGAAGAAGUUAGUAAAUUGUGUCAACUUGAAUUAACUCAAGUGUUAGAUUUCAAAGAAGAAAAAGCCUUUUUCUUGAUGUUAACAGCAUUUAACAAAGAUUCAGUUUACAAUAGAGAUAAAGAACUCUUUCAAAAGUCGACAACAAAUGCUAAAUUUGCUGAACUCAUUCAAGAUUUACGAAAGAUUAUAUUUGAUGAAGCUACACUAAUAAGUAAAAAUGGUAAAAAAUUCAAAAGCCUUAGCGAUUGGGUUAAGCACGCAACGGAGAUUUGGGCAACGCUUAAUCUAUUUAACAGUAUUAUCAUGAUUGAAUCAAUUAAAGAAAUCAAUGAAAGAAAAGAACUCGGUGAAGUAAUUACUUUGAUAAUGAAAACAUUUAUUGAGCCAAAUGAGGAAAAAACAAGUUUUCGUUCAAAGCUUGACGAAAUAUUAUUAGAACAAGAAGUCUCGGUUAAUACUACACAUAAUAUUGAUUUCGAUGUGGAACAACGCUUUGAUGAAGAAGAACGGAAUUUCACAGAUAAAGUUAAAAGUGAAUUUACUCAAGAAACUGAAAAACGUUCAUUUGCAGAAAAAUUAAUUAUAGAAUAUCGUGAUCGAUUAUCUUAUGCAAUAAAAUCAAGUAAAACACAAGCAGUAGAAAAAUAUAAAGCGAUUGCUCAAAAAAGAAAAAUUCAAGGUAAAAUUGAAGCUUCCUUAAUGGACCUACAAAUUCGUAGUGAAACAAAAAUUCUUGAAUGGCAAAAGGUUAAAGGAGAUAUUUCUGAGGAGGAAGUGACGAAGAAAAAACAAGAACUCAAGACUUGGUUUGAAACUGAAAUGAAUAUAACAAAAGAAAAAAUAAAAAAGGACUUAGAAUCAAAUAAGAAAACUGUUGAACAAUGGCGAAUUUUCGUUAAGAAUCAAAUCAUAUCAGCAAAUGGAAUGUUACCUGUAGAAAAAAUCUUCUAUAGUAUAACGACACUUCAAUAUAAAGCAUCCUACAUGAUUUCUUCAUCCAAUAACAUUAUUACACUUACCAAUGACAAACACCAAUUGAUGCAAAAUGAUGAUAUUAUUAAAAAAAUACCAACACUAAUAAAUAAUAGGAGGAGGAAAGUAGGACUGAACAGACAAAAUUCUUGCAAUGCUCCAGCUAUUCAAUCGCGUGCUAAGCAUGAAACACUUCAUAUACAAAAAUCUGAAAAAAAGAUAGUUGCAAAAUGGAAACAAUUCACUUCGUGGAUUGCCAGUACUUUCACAUUUUCUCAUGAGGAAAGCAAAAGAUAUGGAAUAAUUGAUGACAAUCGUUCACUCAAUCAAUCAAGUCAAGAUAAAUUAAACGAAUUGUACGAUGUCUGUAUUGAUUCUGAUGCUUUAGUACUUAUUUAUUCGAUGUUUUUUGAAAUGAAUGACUAUCUUACAAACGAAAUUAAAAAAGAAAUAUUCGAAAGAGCUGAAUAUGAAAUCAUAUGUUUAAAACAACAUCUUUUACAAAUUCAUGCCAAAAUGAAUGAAAUAAGUCAAAAGUUUUUGGAUGAUGAUGACUUAGAAUUUACCGUCAAUUUUGGAACUGACUUGAUCGAAUGGCUCUAUGAUAUUAUUCUUGAAAAAAUGACGAGUGAUGAACGGAGCACAUACGAGAAACUUGAGCAAAAAGCCGACGAGCGUAUUGCAGAUUUACUACGAGAUUUUGAAGACAGACUUGAAAAAACAUUUGGAGAUAUGGAAUACGCUGAAAUUAUGGCAAAAAAAAUGCUUGAAAACGUCAAUAGUGGAUGUUUAGCAAAGAUAGAACGAGAAUACAAACAAAAGUUGAAGGAAAGUACUAUUCUUCAUUCAAGCGAUUUGGUUCGUAAAUCGGAUGAAGUAUUCUAUGGGACAAACGGAAUAUACAAAAAUGAUGAUAUUAUUGAGUACAUCACAGGAAUGCUUGGCUAUAUGAAGAAAGUCUACACAACAUUUUUCGAUACUAAAAAUACGGUUGCGUUCAAGGAAUGUGACUGUUCUUAUCGUACAGUUUUCAAUCAACAACGUAAAAUUUUGAUUGAUAAUCUAACAAAACUCGAAAGCAUCUUCAAGGACUUUAAGACAACUGAAAUGCAAGAUGCCCAUGAUUUAGAUAAUUUUCAGAAGUUCUUCAAAACAUAUUCAGAAGGGAAAGCUACGUGGGAGCAACUAAAAGAAUUAAGUGAAAAGAAUUCAUUACCAUUAGGGUGGGUACAACCAAAUGAAUUAGACAAUCCGGAUAUUCUCUUCAAGAAUAUAGCAUUUUUUCCAAUUACGAAUCCAAGAGUGUUCAUAGGUGCUAUUAUAAAAACAAUUCAGACUCGUCACGAAAAUGAAAUAAACAAUGUGACAUCUAAGUUCAUUUUAACUGAUGAUAUGUUGAGAGAAAAGGAUCAAAUUAAGAGCAAAAAUCAAGAAGACGCACUUGGAUGUAUCGUACAAUGCCCCUUUUGUGGGUGCAAAUGUGAAGAAGGCUCAGGGCCACAUAGUGUACAUCAGUCAAAGAAACAUAGACUAAUGGCAUUCAAUGGUUCGUUUGAAAUGGUUUCGAGUGAAAGAAAAGGUUAUGUCUUUGAUUUAUGUAACAGCGAACUUACAAUCAGACACAGUAAAUGGAAAGAAAAUGUAUCAAGUCAAUUAUCAGUUCACGACAGUAAAGAAAUCAGGGAAAGAAUGACUCAAUACGCAGUUGGCCAAGGAGAUGUUACAAUUUCAUUGAUUUGGUUUGAUAGUAAUGAUCUCGAUUUACAUGUGACGUGUCCUUGUGGAACUGUACUCUUUUUUGGAAACACACGAUGUUCAUCGUGCUCUGGAUAUUUGGAUAGAGACAUGAAUGUAUGCUAUUGUGGUGUGACAUGUCCGCAGAACAAAUGUUCAUCAACAAAGCCAAUGGAAAGUGUCUUUUUCACACCAGCUAAGAGCGGCAUCUACAAGGUGUCUGUAAACUAUUACAGUGGACCCAAAGGUAACGGUGGUACUAAAUCAAAUUUUGAGGUUCGAGUAUCAACUCAUUGCAAGCAAUCUGUCCAAGUAAUGAAUGGCUAUGUUGAAUCUUCUGGUUCUAGAAAGCGUCAGGAAGUUGGUCAAUACGAACACAGCCAAGGAAUCAAUUUUCUUCAACAUGUUGAAAAAAAUUUUCCAGAAUGGCGUAAUAUUAGCAUCGUUGAUGAUAAAAGUUGGGAGAAUGUUUUGAAAAAAGCUUGGUAUCAAGUUGCGAGUCGAAUGAGUCAAUUUCAUGGAUUUUACAAUAAUACUCCAAACGAAUUUCAAAACUUGAUAACUUAG